AUGGCCCGUGUCCUAAUCUUUGGCACUGGUAGCAUCGGAACCCUAUACGCAUAUGUCUUGUGGCGCGCCGGCGCAUCGGUCGUCUGUGUAUGUCGAUCCAACUACCGAGAAGCCAAAGAGAACGGCUUCACCAUACGUUCGACCAUCUUCGGAGACCACACCUUUAAGCCUGAGAUCGCCUUGUCCAUCGACAAUGCAGGUGCCUCACAUAACCACCACUUCGACUAUGUGAUAGUGUGCACCAAAGCUUUCCCUGACAGCAAGCCGAACCCCGCCGAGUUGAUCGCACCGGCGAUAGAGAGCAGCCCAGGUGCUACGAUCAUUCUUAUACAAAAUGGCAUUGGCAUCGAGGAGCCAUACGCUCAACUCUACCCCAACAAUUUCAUCAUUUCCGCAGUGACAUACUCGCCCUCAACACAAGUUUCCCCCGUGGAGAUCAGACACACAGAAUCCGUGCGCUUGUGCGUGGGAUCUUUCCCGGCGGCCAAGGACGACCCCCGCGUUGCUCACUUUUCGGAGCUGAUCAACCUUGGCGGAGGACGUGCCGAGACGUACCCCGACAUCCAGAUCGAGAGGUGGAAGAAGCUGAUCGCUAAUGCCACGUGGAAUCCCAUCUGCUCUCUGUCCCGCUGCAGGGACGUCGAGUUUCUGAGCGCGAGCCCGUUUGCCUUCGACUGUGCCAAGGACGUGAUGCGAGAGAUUGUCGCCGUGGGGGUCGCGGUGCUGGGCCCGGGGGCUCUGGAUGGGAGCGCAAUCGAUGCCCAGCUUGAACGGACAGCGAACCGUGCAUGGCCAGGCGUAGAACCCAGCAUGAUGUCGGAUAUGCUAUCAGGGAAAAGGAUGGAAACCAUGGCCAUAAUAGGGGAGGUCGUGCGCUUGGCUCGAAAGCAUGCCGUGUCUACUCCUAGAACUGAGACACUCUACGUUCUUGUCUCCGCGUUGGACUGGGCUAUCCAGCAAAAGCAUCCAGGUUCCAGCGGAAACUUGACUAAAGCGGGCUAG